AUGGGCAAGCAAGAACAUGACAUUGUUGUUAAUUUAAACAACUCUAUUUUCACCAUUAAUAAGGUCAACCUUGAUAGGUAUUGUUGUAUGGAUAUGGUAUCAAAUGUUGCAGAAAUUACCAAUGUUUUUAUGGGUGAUAGUUUAUCGAAAGUAAUGAUUGCUAUUAUAGUUGAUAGGCCAAAUGUGAGACUCCCACCUCUAGAUGUAGGAAUAGGUGAAGAGUCUAAUGUUGAUGACAUUGAACCUAAUGUUGAAAAUGAUGACAGGGAUGCAAAUACGCAUGAAGUUGAUUGUGUAAAUGGGGAUGGACAUGCGGGUGGGGGUGGUAAAAAUGAUGACAUGGAUGCAAAUAAACAUGACGUUGAUGAUGUAAAUGAUGACAAUGUUUAUAGUUUCAGUUCUAAGGAUGAUGAAUGGAUAGUUGAUGGUGAUGAUGCCCCCGAUGUUAGUUAUGAGCACAAUGAUGAUACCAUGUGUGCCUUGGGCGUUAUGACCCCUUUCUGA